CCCAAUCUUUCAGUACUCAACUGAAAACUUAAGUACCUAGGACGGAAUGACUGAGCAGUGAAUGAAGGGAGACUUUGCCACUAGUCCUGUCUGUUUAUUCUCUAGUCGGGGGAGACUUUCUCUGUACUAUACUUGUCUUGCGGCCUAGUAAGUUAAGGUCGCUCGGCGAGUCUUAACUUCUGGAUGUAAGUUUGUAAGUACUAAAAGUAUCUCCACUUUCUUCAAUCAUUUUACUUUUACAGCAUGCACUUAGAGUAAGACAGCACUAGGUUACUAGUUUUAACCUCUAUUCCUAAACUAAGAAUCCCUUCACCCAACAACAACAUACUACGAAAAAGAUGGGGAAAAAGCAGCAGCGAAAAGGGGGAAACAAGAAGAGGAUCUUUCGGUCCAAGAUCUUCUUGGAGGAUGACGUCUCUGAGAAGGAAGAGACGUUUUUAGAAAGGAAGCUGCCACCUAAUCGUCCCACUUCUAUUAACAGUGGACGGAUGGGGUUGGGGACGCGGAGAGGAAACGGUUCAGGAGGUUCGGCGCAAGCAAAAAAACCAGCAGUGCCGACACAAGGAGUACUGGAACGAGUAGUGCCGAGACCAGGUGAGGCGCAAACAGUAAAGACGAUGCAAGCAAAAGCGGCAGCUGUGGGCAAAACUAAUGGACUGUGGAAGGCGCCAGCUGCGAGUAGAGCAGUGGCGAAACCAUCGUGUGAGACAUUAUGGCGCGGAGAAUCCUAUCCUAUGCUACCCUAUCCUAAGAGUUGAGUACUUAAUGCCGACAAGUAAAAGAACUUUUGGUGUCUCUAAUGAAUUUCACAGACGGGAGCGUGAGGGUAGCGCAGUUGCAGGAGUAUCUCGACAAAGAGGUGGAAAACGAGUCAACGGAGAAUGCUGAAGGAAGUAAGGCUUGCCGUAAUUCUAAUUCUGCUGAAGAAACUUUUUAAAGAUUUGAUAAAGGUAAUCUUAGAAAUUCGUUGAAAGAGAUGGGGGCUAUCAAAGACUUUCACUUUGAUGAGGACCACCUUUUCUGUAUAAGGGAAGGAAAGCAUGACCUUGCUUUCAUUGGAAAACAGUAAAAUACGUUGUCAAAGAUCAGACUCUGUGCUGCUCUAGAUUCGUACUUAUUUUGUAACAAGCUCUAAUGAAUACGUAACGGAUGAUAGCACGGUCAAGGAAACCGUAAAACACGUCUACGCCAAAGUCACCAAGCAGCUUAAAGAUGCUUACAAAAAGCUACGGGAGCUGUCAGAAGAGCAAAAUUUUGAUUUAAGGGUUUUGAUGACAUCGCAUUCUUUAGUACCAUCCUUCAGUCGUUUUCAAGUAGGAAAAAAGGGUCAAGGAUGAUCUGAGGAAUGCACUGAAUAUCGUAAUUUCUAAAAGGUGCUCUGACUAACAGCGUCGUGGACAUGCUGGUCGACGACAUGACCAACAGCCUGGUGAAAGAGCUGUCUAACACAAACCUCAAGGUCAGAGGCGAAAGCGUCAUCAGACAAGACCAGGAGAAGGAGACGAUGGAAGGAUUUCUACGUGAAGCGGUCAAGGACGACACAUAUUAUAGAUUAAGACGCACCAACAUUUUUUUGCUAGAUUUGCUAGAUCUUAGUAAGAUAUGAAAGCCCAGAGGAUUGAUACGUACUACUGAUUUGGACUAAGUAAUGAAAAAGAAGUCAGUUUCAUUUCCUUCUUUUCUAGUUAGGGCGUAACUGGAAUUAAAAGACAGUCCUUCCUUCGAGUACAUCUAGCCUAUGCUAAGACUCUACUACAUCUUUUUCCUAGGUAGGUACCAAAAGACUAAGGCCAUUAAAUGAAGAAGAUGAGUAGAUCUAGAAGAUAGUGCUCCUGCUCUAGUCCUCCUCCUCCUUUUCGUCCUCGCUCCUCCUCCUCUUCCCCCUCCUCGUCUUCUUCUAACUAAAGGCCCUGUGCGGGACGCUCUCCUUCUUAGGGUUAAAUCCGUUGGCAAAGAUAACGUCCAAAAAUUUUGGUCGAAGGUCAUGAACGAUACCAACCGCAGGCUCGGGAAAUUGGUGGAAAAGCCUGCUCAACAAGAGACUGAGUACGCAGAAGACCCAGCUAUUCUAGCUUAAGGCUCAAAGUAAUUCAUUUCCAACGGCCAUUUUCUUCCUUCAGUUUCCUUCUUGGGAUUCCGAAGAAAUGCACCCAAGAUUUGAGCUCUAACUAGGUUUGCUAGACCUCGAUGAUAUUCUGGCGGGAAUGGGCAAGCUUGAGUUGUUCAUGCUAGACGCCGCUGCUGCGAAGAGUCAGAGUGCUGACAAUGGCAUUCAGUUGCAGACGCGGUUGAGCAACAACAUCCGUAAGCAGAUUGCAGACGGAUUGCAGCUUUCUAUUAGGGGCCGGCUAUUGCUGUUUCUUUUGCCGUUUGUUUUGACUCUUCUGCGGUGUCGUAAGAGCAUAACAAACGGUGAACAAAAACACCAAAGUAAACCCUAAGCACUCUAAUCCUAGCGCAAGCAAAGAAGGGGCACUUGAUGGUCAUGGUGCUGAACAAGCAGGUGGUAGCAUGAAGAAAUUUGUUCGUAAUUAUGGGUGUAGGGAAUGCAUCUCCAAAGUCAUCUGGAAGGAGAAAACAAGAAGAAAAAGAGACCCAGAUGAUCCCUAAGAUGAAAUCCCUCUAACGUAAGGAGCAACUGAAGCGCCUGCGGAAACGCGCGCCAGGCAAGCAGUCUGCGCUAUUCGAACAGAUACUCUCUACCUCCGAUAUUGAGAAGGAGCUGAAUAGCUUAGGUGGCCUCAAGAAGGCAAAGCCCAUUGAUGAUGAGAUGAGAUUUACAAUAUUUUAUGGACGAAGUCUUUCUUGUCUGUAGAAUCUUCAUAGUGAUAACUCAUCAGCCAAGAAUGAUAAUCGUAGACUAAGUUAUAAUGUCCUCAUCAUAGUGAUAGCUUUUACGGUGAGGACCACGAACGAUCGUAUCACAAGCACACAGAUAGAUCCGAGCAAUCUUUGGGGCUAUAGUUUUAAGCUCUUUGCUUGCUAUAAAGGUGUCACUUUUCUAAACUUUUUAUCAAGAAAACGUGCAUCAUCCUAAGAUCAAAGACAUCGAACAGGGGACUACCAACUAAGAGAUGCAUUCACGACUUGAUAGGAGAGACAUCCAACUGAUACACCCACUUGAAGAAUAUCGCUAAUUCGUAAGACAGAUAAAGGAAACUCUGUUGAAUGUCGCGACCGAGAGUGCCAAAGAGAAGCAUGCUAAUACCGUUAUGAGGAACGCGAUUGAAAUGACGGGCUGGAAGAUGAAGAUCUUCUUACAUCUUCAAGCAAGAGGACCAUAGGUCCUUUGACCGAUACUAGACCUACACUAAGAAGAUCUUCAUAUAAGUACCCUGCUCGUAAUAUGCUCGUGGAUUUUUUUUUAAAUUCUAAAUAAUAAGUUACGGAAAAAGGGAAAUUCUUGAAAAAACGUGCGGGGAACAAGGGUUCGUACGCCUCGAAGACGCGCCUGAGUGGAGAGCGGCGGGCAACGGAUGACCUGCAAGUGGCCAAAAAAUAUAGGACAAAGAUGAUGGAGGACCUAAGCCGGACAUUGAAGGACUACACCAAGAUGAAGUACGUUAGCCAGUUGACAACAAAGCAGAUUGUCGGUGCGCAAUUAAGGCAUGGUCAACUACAGGUGAAAGAAAUAUAGUUCAUCUUUUUGGAAGCUCACGGUUUCCACAUGAAUUAUUCAUUUACUUUCAAGACCUAGAACUCUCAUAAAGUCGUGUAGAAUUACAUCGAGAGGAAAAAAAUCUUGCUGUAUCUGCUCUAACGUAAAAAACGGCUGAAAGCCUGUGGCGGAAGAACUUGCAAAAGUAUUGUAAGAUGAAGUUAAGGAGAUUUUUGUUGAAACUUUGCUAGUGGCGCAUCUUUUCGUAAGAGGCUCUUCAGUGGCGUCUUACGUCUGCCUGUGCUUGAGUGGACCGUAACCUAAGCUAAGCUAAUGUAAAAGUUAUAACAAUGCGUCUUGUAUAUGGUUCGUUCGGAUGGAGAAGUUCUUGGGACUCCUUGUUCUCGCAAUUUUUUCAUACGCGUAUCAUCUGUUCCCAGAAAGUAGAUAAGUACUUUUGCAAUUUAUACCAGUAUCUGUUCUGGAUACGUUUGUCACCAGCUAUACCUAGCAUGCAGUGGGCGUCGGCAUAGGUUGCUUCUAAUUCGUGAGGAGGAAAAUGUAAGGAAGAUCAGCGCCGCACAUGCAGCUGCGUCAACCCAUAGCAGUCGUGCCGGAAGGAGCAGUAGUUUUUCUAGUUUCCUCGCUUCACCCGAAGAUCAUGAUAGUAGAAGGAGUUUGCCCGAUCACGACAGUGCUAGAAGUAGUUCUUCUAGUUUCCUUACACCUUCAGCCUCAGAGGCCGCCUACUCCGCAAAGAUAACGGAAAUGGCAGGAGCCACUUCCACUAUAGACAGCGAGUCUAUAGAUAGCAUAGUCGCAGUGGACUUAAACUUUCGCGAUUCCAGCGCGAUGGCUCUAAGAGAAGGAGCAGAGUUCGUUGGGGCAACAUGGGACAGCUCGAGGUCGACGCCGCAACAGCUAGAUCACGGAUGGACGACCUUGUUCUCCUACACAAGCAGCAGCAACAGUUGCUUUUUUCUGUUAUGGAUUCCAACUCCAAUCCUUCCACAGAGUACUCCUGGAGCAAAUCAAAGAAACGCCUGAGUAAGUAACGCAUUUGCGUUUUUCACUAAAUGAAUCCUCUAGUCCACUGAACCUCUGACUCACUGCACCUCUAGCGCACUGAACCUCUAGUCCACUGCACAAACCAGCUCACCACCUCUAAUUUUUUGCGUUUUUCUCGCACCUAUCCUGUUUAUAGCCCUGCUCUGGUGGCUUCUUAUGCGCAAGAAAAGCUGGAACAAGGAAAAGAGAUCUACAGAGUUCUUUGGAUCUUCAGAGCCUCUGUCGUGGUCAGAGUGUCCUGGUGAGGACGCCAUACGGACGAGUCCCUAGGACAGACGGGCACUCAUUGAUGUCUACCUGUAUGAAUUAAGACGCAAAUACAACUUCUCGAAGAGAUAAAUAGGAGUGGAAUUGUGUGGUCCAUGACAAGACUCCAGACAUUAUAGCAAACUGCUUAUAAAAAUUUGUUUUCAUAUAAUCGAGCGGAGUACUCCUCUGCACAGAUUCAGACAGUUUCUUUCUUUGAAGUGAAAUAGUUUCUUGAAUUCUAAGGCCAAUGUGAUUGUUUUCAUAUAAUCGUUAUUAUCCUGGCCCUGGAGUUCGUCUAGAUUCGUUUAGAAUACCAGAAGAGACGCGUUGUUGUUGGAAGAACAAAGGAGACCGGAAGUGUCAAAUUUGCAAAAAGUGGAAGAUUGAGUUUCAAGAUGACGCAACGACGGUGCAAUCUAUAUCUAAGCGUAUUGACUUACUUAAUAAACACAUGGAGAAGGGCAGAAAAAAGGUAAGGAAAGCAUAAUAAACACAAAGAAGACCUAAUGCAUCCUAGUUAAUCAUCCUAAUUAAUCAUCACUUUCCUUUGCAUCCUAAUUGAUGCCUGAGACAGUACCUCAUGCUAGGUAAAUGAAUGAAUGAAUGAAUUAUCGAGAUUAUGAAAAAGAAAAUCAUUUUAGAAGCCUAAAUCGUUGCAUGAUACCACCAGACCAAUCAAUAAUUAUAAUUAUUCAUAUGUAGAAGUCAGUUGUACUAAAACAUUGAAUAUCAAACAGAACAAAUGGAAACUGUAUUUAACUUUGCGAAACAUCCGUCCGAGCUCGAUUGUAUACAACUAGAUUGGUUAUAUUAUUGCCUUUUUGAUGAGGGUGACUGAUUUCAUAUCGCCUGUCGGUGUCGGACUGUAUCAUUAUCAGCUGCUCCCAGACGGUAAUACAAAUUAUCAUACCUUAUUGCUACUCAACAAGUUGUACUCAAACAGCAACUCCACUUCACUGUAAACAAACACAAAGUAAGUUGCAAUUUGCUCACUGUCCUCAAACAGCUAUCUAGGUACUAAAAAGAUACAAUCUACCAGGUACGUCCUUAAACUACUAUCAUAAUUUGAGGACAAGUAA